GCCUGGGCGGGAGGGGAGGCGGGGACGGGCGGCGCCGCUGCUGCAGCACCCGCGGGGCCGGCGGGCCGCGGCCCGGCUCCUCGGCCGCUUCCCCGGGGGCCGCAGAGCGGGGCAGCUUGCAGGCUCCUGCACCGAGGAUGAAAGAGGGAAGGAGACAAACACGGCUCUGGCUACAGGACAGCGGCUUGCCGAAGGGCUGCAUGAAUUCUGCUCUCCUCCGUCUCUGCCAGCAGCUGGACUGCAAUCAAGACUGAAGCUGAAUAGAAGGUGUGCUGAGCAUGCUGCUGCUGCUGGAUGUGUUGCUGCUGCCCAUCUCCCAGACCCGCGGCGUGAGGGAUUUCUGAGGGUCGCUGUGCAGAGCGAUGGACUCGGACCCCUAUGCCAGCAUGCAGGUUGGGAUGCGGGUCGUUCGCGGAGUGGACUGGAAGUGGGGCAGCCAGGACAGUGGCGAAGGGAACGUUGGGACUGUGGUGGAGAUCGGUCGCACAGGCAGCCCAACCACUCCGGAUAAAACUGUGGUCGUGCAGUGGGAUCAGGGCAACAGAACCAAUUAUCGGACUGGAUUUCAAGGAGCUUAUGACCUUCUUCUGUACGAUAACGCACAAAUAGGCGUCCGUCACCCUAACAUUAUCUGUGACUGUUGCAAGAAGCACGGUAUCCGGGGAAUGCGGUGGAAGUGCAAAAUGUGCUUCGACUACGACCUGUGCACGCAGUGUUACAUGAACAACAAGCACGAUCUGUCCCACUCCUUUGAGCGCUACGAGACAGCACACUCACAACCAGUUGUCGUGAGUCCCCGACAGAAUCUGACUCGUAUCACAUUAAAAGGGACUUUCCAGGGGGCUAAAGUAGUCCGUGGCCCAGACUGGGAAUGGGGUAACCAAGACGGUGGUGAAGGUAAAACCGGGCGCGUGGUCGAUAUUCGCGGCUGGGAUGUAGAGACUGGACGCAGCGUGGCCAGCGUUACGUGGGCUGAUGGCACCACAAAUGUCUACCGAGUUGGACACAAGGGAAAAGUGGACUUGAAAUGUACCGUGGAGGCAUCUGGUGGCUUUUACUACAAAGAGCAUCUCCCCAAGUUAGGAAAACCAGCUGAACUGCAGAGGAAAGAAAGCACAGACAGGCAUCCGUUCCAGCACGGGGACAAGGUGAAAUGCCUCCUGGACAUCGACAUCUUGCGGGAGAUGCAGGAGGGCCAUGGUGGCUGGAAUCCUAAAAUGGCUGAGUUCAUUGGCCAGACAGGGACUGUGCACAGAAUCACGGACAGAGGGGACGUGAGGGUCCAGUUCAACAGUGAAACCCGCUGGACUUUCCAUCCCGGAGCUCUGACCAAGCUCAACACCUUUUGGGUUGGUGAUGUUGUCCGGGUGAUAGAUGAUAUGGAAACAGUGAAGCGAUUCCAACCUGGUCAUGGGGAGUGGACAGAUGAAAUGGCACCUACCCUAGGGCACAUUGGCAAAGUGAUCAAAGUGUACGGGGAUGGAGACUUACGAGUGUCGGUUGGGGAGCAGUCCUGGACGUUUAAUCCAGCUUGCCUGACAGCCUACCAGAGAGAUGAGGAAGCAAAUCUCAUGACGACGGAGAAUGCAAAGGAAUCUAAAAGCACUUUGAUUACUGUUUUGGAGAAGCUGUUGUCGCAGAAGACAGAGUCAGACCACGCAGGGUGUCUUGUUAUUUGGGCAGCGCUCAAGAACACAGCUAAAGUCCGGGAACUCCUUCAGAAGUACCCAGACAAGGUCGACAGCAAGAAUCAGGGCAGAACUGCCCUGCAGAUCGCCUCCUAUCAGGGGCAUCUGGAUGUUGUCAAGAUUUUGCUGCAGGCACAUGCCACUGUCAACCUAAGAGAUGAAGAGGGGGAUACAGCACUGCACUACGCAGCUUUUGGAAACCAAGCUGAAGUUGCCCGUGUGCUUAUUGGUAAAGGAGCCAGCGGAGACCUGCUAAACAAUGCAAAGUGCACAGCACUUUAUGUUGCUGUCAGUCAAGGAUUCGCAGAGGUGGUGCAGGCCCUCUGCGAGCUCAACUGUGAUGUCAACCUCCCAGAUUCCCAGGGAGACACCCCUUUGCAUUACGCUAUCACUGCAGAUUACAAAGUCAUCAUUGAGAUUCUCACUGAAGUACCCAACAUCGAUUUCACUGUCCAGAACUGUCAAGGCUUCAACCUGCUCCACUAUUCUGCUCUAAAAGGCAACAAGCUAGCCAUAAAGAAGAUUCUAGCAAGAGCUCGACAGUUAGUUGACUCCAAAAAGGAAGAUGGCUUCACUGCCCUGCACCUUGCUGCUCUCAAUAAUCACAAAGAAGUGGCAGAAAUUCUCAUCAAAGAGGGUCGCUGUGAUGUUAACCUCAAGAACAACCGAAAUCAAACACCUCUGCACCUGGCUGUCAUCCAGGGACACGUAGGGAUGGUGCAACUGCUGGUCAGCGAAGGCAGUGAUGUCAAUGCUGAAGACGAGGACGGGGACACAGCCAUGCACAUUGCCUUGGAACGACAGCAGCUGAUGUCAGUCAUGAUGGAGAAGCGUGAAGGGGAGAUGGGGUUAUCCCUUCUUUCCAAGCUGCAGGCUUCUGGCUUUCUUGGAAAUGUGGAGUUGAAUGUUGGAACUGCAAUUGCAUGUUACUUAGCACAAGAAGGAGCAGAUAUUAAUUAUGCAAACCAUCGGGGAAAGUCCCCUUUAGACCUUGUUACAGACGGAAGGAUUGUCCAGAUCAUCAAAGACUUUUCACAGAAAUUCAGGGAACAGCAGGUUUCUUCAGACUGCUCAGCUGUCACCUGCAGCCUUCGCCGCGUGCACACCACCCCCAACACGAUGACCAACCUGAGUGUCUCAAGCGUGGCAGUCCCCACAGAGUGCCUGGUCUGCUCAGAGCUGGCCUUGCUCAUCCAUUUCUUCCCCUGCCAGCACAGUAUUGUCUGUGAAGAAUGCUCCAGGAGAAUGAAGAAGUGCAUCAAAUGUCAAGUGACAAUAACCAAAAAAAUCAAGCAAGACAGCACCGAGGUGGAGUGCAGCCCGAGCUCUGAAUCCACAGAUCAGAGGAAGCUCAUGGAGGAGCUGCAGAACCGCUACCGGCAGAUGGAAGAGCGCAUCACCUGCCCCAUUUGCAUCGACGACCAAAUCAAACUGGUCUUCCAGUGUGGACAUGGCUCUUGCCCAGACUGCAGCACAGCCCUUACUGUCUGCCCCAUCUGCCGGCAGGCUAUCCGGGAGAGGAUUCAGAUCUUUGUCUAAGGAUAUGCUUGCUUCCCUUCCCAUUCCCACCUCCCUCGUUUACUUCCUUUUUGUUUGCAUUUUAGAUGAGAAGCGCUGCUCAGUCUGGGUUUGGCUACCUGCAAAGCCAGCGUGAGAGAGGGGGGAGACAAAUAAUGUGAUUGGGGUGGAGGUGGAGGGAGGGAGUCCCCUCUGCUUCCAGUGUCAUACGGGCAAGGAGUGGUGCUCGAGGGCAGGCGGCCACCUCGCCUGGUGCUGCUGAUCGGUCAGAAAGACGUGAAGUAAAGAACACUGAACUGUCGACUGAAGUCAGAAGAGACGUGCGGACCAGAGGUGACAGACUUCCAUACGCAGGUGUUUUCAAGGGCAUCCAGCUCCAGUGACUGCAGCACGUCCAGCGCCCUGCAGGGUCAGAGCUGGAGCCUUGGCACUCGGCAGUGCUCUGAAGGAGACGCUGUAGAAGGAUCAGCCUUAUCCCUCGGCAGGCAGUGGCAAAGCACACGCUUGCACCUCACAGGAGGAGAUAUCAGAGGAGAUCAGUCCUGGCCAUCAGUCCUCCUCGUUGCCUGUCGCUGGUAGGGAGGUGAUGUCCUCAGACAGCGUGUUCUCCGAGCUGGAACUUGGGGGUUCAACAAGAAUUCGGACUGACAGAGGCAAAUCUGGAUGUGGUGAGAUCCUAGGGACAGAGCGUGUGCCUUAGAGAUAAAGUAGUGAACACUGAUUGGGGAAAACAUGUUGUUACCACAGAAACUUCUAUGUGACACUCUUCUUCCGUAUUUUUUUCUGCACAAUGGUGUGUUCAGAGACUCCUGAGCUUUCUAUCCAUAAUGCCAAAGGCAGGUGUUAAAUACUCCAAUCAAAGUGUAAAGAAAAUAAAUAGUAAUAAUUAAGAGAUGAGAAAGAGGGAUUUCAUUUUGGUUUUUUGUUUUGCAGCAAAACUUAAUAAAAUAAAAUCUAUAUUUUU